GGAUCGGAUCGCUCGGAUCGGUCUGGGUGUGAUCCUGAACUUAGCCAAGGAGCGAGAUGUCCCCCAGCUGGCGCAGAGCGUCUCUGGUAUCCUGGAGCACAUGUUCAAACACACCGAGGAGACCUGUUUCCAGCUCAUCUCCGAUGGAGGCCUGGAUGCAAUCCUCUACUGGUGCCGCUGGACAGACCCCGUCGUGCUGCGGCACUGCGCCAUGGCCUUGGCCAACUGUGCCAUGUAUGGAGGUCAGGCCAACCAGCGCCUGAUGAUAGAGAAGAGGACGGCAGAGUGGCUUUUCCCACUGGUGUUCUCAAGAGACGACGAACUCAUCCGCCUGCACGCGUGCCUGGCCAUCACGGUGCUGGCCACCAACAAAGAGAUCGAGAAGGAGGUGGAGCGCUCGGGGACGCUGGCGCUGGUGGAGCCGUUCAUCGCCUCGCUGGACCCCGAGCAGUUUGCCUGUGAGAUGCUGGGCAGCAGUGACAACGUCCAGGGCAGGACAGCAGACGACCUGCAGCGGCUGGUGUCCCUGCUGGACAGCUCGCGGCUGGAAGCGCAGUGCAUCGCUGCCUUCUACCUCUGCACCGAGGCUGCCAUCAAAACCAGGCAGAACAAAACCAAGAUUUUCAGUGAGAUCGGGGCUACGCAGAGCCUGAAGAGGGUAGUGUGCUACUCCACCAGCAGCACCACCUCCUCCCUGGCCAAAAAGGUGCUGCGCAUGAUAGGGGAGGAAGUUCCCCGGCGCAUCCUGCCCACGGUUCCCAACUGGAAGUCCUGCGAGGUGCAGACAUGGCUGCAGCAGAUUGGAUUCAACAAAUACUGCCAGAGCUUCCUGGACCAUCAGGUGGAUGGGGACAUUCUCCUGAGGCUCACGGAGGAGGAACUGGAGGAUGAUUUGGGGAUGGACUCCAGCAUCACUCGGAAAAGGUUUUUCCGGGAGCUGACAGAGCUGAAGACCUUCGCAAACUAUUCCACCUGCGACCGCAGCAACCUGGCCGACUGGCUGGGCGGCAUCGACCCCCGGUUCCGCCAGUACACCUACAACCUGCUCACCUGCGGCAUCAACCGCAACUUCCUGCACCGGGUGACGGAGCAGCAGCUGCAGGAGGACUGUCACAUCCACACGGGUUUCCACCGCGUCCGCAUCCUCACUGCUGCAAGGGAGAUGCUUCACUCCCCUAUAACGCUGCAGACUGCAUCUGAUGGGACGGAUGUAUUCAUCAGCUACCGGAGGAGCAGCGGGUCCCAGCUGGCCAGCCUGCUGAAGGUCCACCUGCAGCUGCACGGCUUCAGUGUCUUCAUUGAUGUGGAGAAGCUGGAGGCAGGGAAGUUUGAGGACAAGCUGAUCCAGAGCGUCAUGAGUGCCCGCAAUUUUGUGUUGGUGCUCUCUCCAAAUGCACUGGAUAAAUGCAUGGGAGACCCUGAGUGCAAGGACUGGGUGCACAAGGAGAUUGUGACAGCUCUGAACUCUGGAAAGAACAUUGUACCUGUUACAGACCAUUUUGAGUGGCCGGACCCAGAAACACUUCCCGAGGACAUGAGGGCUGUCCUGAAAUUCAAUGGUAUCAAGUGGUCCCACGAGUACCAGGAGGCUACGAUCGACAAAAUAAUCCGCUUCCUCCAGGGCCGUUCUUCCCGGGACUCCUCGGCUGGGUCAGAGAAUGGCCUGGACUGCUUGCCCUCCCUGGGGCAGACCUAGAACCAGCACAGCUGCUGCAUCCCUUCCAGAAACUUCCCAGGUGACCCCUUUUUAUGCAGGGCCAAAUUUCUCCCUCUAGAUUUUCUCCCCAUUUUAGU